UGUUGUGCAUUGUAAAGGAGCAUUGCUGUGACAAAAUACUUAUAUAGAAGGGAAAGGAGGAGCCUCUAUGCAACAUCAGAAUGACUGUGCACUUUACAUUAAGUCUGGCAGCCCAGAGUUGAUCCCGUUACAUGUUCUUUAGUAGUAAGUGCAAGAUCUCCUGAAGAACUCCUCUUAUAAAUCUGUGGCUCAUGUAAGAUGGCAGUCAGAAGCAAGGUAUUUGGUGUUUGUUUCUUGACCUGUGUGUUGUUCUUGACCUGUGCUCAGACUGGGAAAAUACUUGUUGUACCAGUAGACGGAAGCCAUUGGAUUAAUAUAAAAAUCUUAAUAAUGGAGUUGGUUCAGAAAGGACAUGAUUUAACAGUCAUUAGAAACUCAAACAGCUUGUACAUUGAGGAGCUGUCUGAACACUUCAAGGUGGAGAACAUUUCUGUGUCUGAUGAACAUGUGCUCAGCAGAAAACAAUUUGAAGAGUAUGCAUUGAAUUGGAUCUUUCAGCAAGCUUUCACAAAGCAUGAUUCCUCCUUCACCGUUGCAUGGAAUUUCAUCCAAGCACUUCAGACUGGGACUAAAAUGGCAACCGUUGCACUUAAAUCGUUAUUUGAGAACCAGGAAGCUAUAGGCCGUCUGACAAAUGCUGGUUUUGAGUUGAUUCUAGCUGACCCCUUUAAUGUGGCAGGAGUAAUGCUGGCUCAUCGAUUGAAGCUUCCCAUAGUGUUUUUUGGAAGGUGGAUGGUUACAGAAGACAUACACUUUGCUAUUGCACCAUCUCCACUCUCCUAUGUGCCAGUGAUAAACUCUAGAGUGACUGACAGAAUGAUCUUCUCAGAAAGAGUUAAAAAUUUUGUCCUCUAUUAUAUUUAUCAGGCCACCAGCCACCUCCUAAUGUACCCAGUUUAUGACAAAUUGAUUCAACACUAUCUUAACACAGAUAUUGGAGUUUUUGACAUGUACAGGAAGGCUGACAUCUACUUGAUGAAAGUGGACUUUGUGUUUGAGUUUCCUCGACCAACCAUGCCCAAUGCUGUAUAUAUUGGUGGCUUUCAAGGGAGACCAGCCAAACGCCUCCCCCAGGAUAUCCAUGACUUCAUGGAUAGUUCAGAGCAAGGAGUGGUAGUCUUUUCCUUGGGGACUAUUGUUAGGUACCUACCGCUCAACAUUGCCAGAGAGAUUGCAGCAGGUUUAGCACAACUGAAGGAGCGAGUCAUUUGGCGUUACUCUGGAGAACCUCUGGACACACUGGGAAAUAACACUAAGAUUGUAGAUUGGCUUCCACAAAAUGACCUUCUCAGUCAUCCUAACACUAAAGCAUUCUUAGCACAUGGAGGGGAGAAUGGUGUCUAUGAGGCCAUUUACCAUGGUGUACCCAUAAUAGGAUUCCCACUUUUUGGUGACCAGUAUGAAAACCUACUUCGUCUGAAGAUCAGAGGGGCUGCUGUCCUGCUGGAGAACACACAAGCUGUUACUGCCAAAGAUGUUUUCAAUGCAGUACGUCUAGUUAUUGAUGACCCAUCUUACAAUAAGGCCAUGAAAUAUCUGUCUCUGCUUCAUCGAGAUAAACUUGUUCCACCACGUGAUUUAGCUGUGUUUUGGACUGAGUUUGUCAUGCGCCAUAGAGGAGCAGGACACCUGCAGGCAGCAGGCAAUAACCUUCGUUGGUACCAAUACUAUCUGAUUGAUGUUAUUAUAGUUCUGCUCAUCAUACUCAUCAUUGCUUCCUAUUUGACAUACAGAUUAAUCAGAGCUGUGUUAAGAACAUGCUGUGGAAAGCAGAAGCAAAAGCAGAAGAGAUCCUGAGGCUAAAUUACCUUUGUUUGAAUUCUAGACCAUGUGCACAGCAAUCCUGGUUUAAACACACACCAUUUAAAUAAGGUGAUUCAAUUGCACAACUUAUUGUAAUGGGAUAAGUUAAAAUAAUUGUCCAUGCAAGCUUAGAAUUUAUAUAAUUAAACUGUUUAAUAAGGAAUAGAUGAUGAAUAAUGAUUGAGCUUCUCCGGGUGUAUUGAGGACACACAUUUUGAUUAUGGUACAUAGAAAACAAUCAAAGCAUGAUUCAAAUGUAUAAAUUAAGACAAAUUCACUAGAUGAGGUUUAGGUAAUUUGCGGUUCUUCAGAUGCUGGGACUACUAGUUUGUAGAACAAUUGUAGAACCACAAAUGCCUCAGCCAACUGUAAACAAUGAGAAUAAGAGUUUUAUAGAGCUAAGAGCUAUAUGCGCAUUAUGCAAAGCUCUGUUGUAAACAGUUCACAGUAAACAGCAUGAUAUAAUACCACAAUUAUAACAACAAAUAGCAACAAAUCAGAUGUUAGCUUUCAAUAUUGUGACUAAAGUAGAAAGAUAAAAAUAUGGGGGCAAAUGUAAUACAGUGCGAGAAGCCGGAGGUGCGGGAGUUUGUGCGAGAAUUCCUGUAUUUUUAAAGAGGCUAUCAGUAGUUCCCAAACUUUCUUGAAUCACGCCCUAGAAUAUCAGACUUUUUUCAUGGCACCCCUAGGCCAAAAUUUUCUUAUUGUGAAAUUUAGAAAGAGAUAUUAAAUUAAGUAAAUUGUGUUUAUAUGUUAUCCUUAGGUUCAAUAGUGUGGUGAGGGAAAAGAUUUUGUUUCUGUUUGUUAACAUAUUUUAUGAUUGACAGCCACCAGCACUGGUUUUGUCUAUUACACUGACCAUAAAUACAUUUUAUUUGGUCCUGGACCACCAAUCCGAGGCACCCUUGCAAGUAUCCCGAGGCACCCCAGGGUGCCUAGGCACACAAUUUGAGAACCACAGGUGGCAAUAAUUUACAAAGUAAAACCAACCUGGUUUUGCCUUGUAAACGAUUGCUGCUGUAAAAUAUGCGCAUUCCCGCGCCUCCAGCUUCUCGCACCCUACUAGAUUACCCCUUGGUAUCUAGAAGGUUGCAGCAUAUCACUGCUCUGAGCACAUUAUUAAAUAAGACUAAAACUUGAUUUCCGUUACUGCUUGCGGUCUAUAACAGUGGUAUGAUACAGGCGGGCCAUCAGCAGCUCAUUGUUCCUUCACCUGUGGGCCCAGCUCUGUGCUCUGAUUUUACUUUUUCUUUGCUCUGUUGUAAAGAAGAGAAUAAAACUGAAUGGAAGCAGAGGUAUCCACAUCACAUUAGCUCCUUUGCUCUCUCUCUUUCUUGUGCAGGCUUCGGCUGUGUAGAUCACUGUUUAAGGCAUGUGGAUGGAGUAGGUGUAAG